AUGGCCCUGCUGCUCCUGGGGCUCUGGGGGCUCCUCCGCACCUGCACCCACACCCCUGCCCCGGCCCCCCGCUGGCCCCCGGGGCCACGGAAGCCCGGGAACCUACGUUUGCUGCGGUCACAGCAGGACCAGUUGCUGAUGGAGCUCGCGGAACAGUACGGGCUGGUGUUCCCUGUCCGUCUGGGGCGCCGGAAGACGGUGGUGCCGACCGGCUGCGAGGCGGUGAGGGAGGCCCUGGGGGGCACCGGACAGGAGCUGGCCGGCCGGCCCCCCAGCACCAUCUUCCAGCUCAUCCAGGGAGGCGGGGGCAUCUUCUUCUCCUCCGGGGAGCGCUGGAGGGCCGCCCGCCAGCUCACCGUGCGCACCCUCCGCGGCCUGGGCGUGGGGAGGGCGCCCGUGGCCGACAAGGUCCCGCAGGAGCUGAGGUGCCUCACGGUGCAGCUGGACAGCUACGGCCCGCCCUUCCCGCUGGCCCUGCUCGGCUGGGCUCCCUCCAACCUCACCUUCAUGCUCCUCUCCGGCCAGAGUCCCGUGUUCGUGUCCCUACUGGGCCUCAUCGACGAGGUCAGGGUCCUCUCGGGGACGCCCAGCCUGCAGCUGUUCAACAUCUACCCUUGGCUCGGGGCCCUCCUCCAGCUGCACCGGCCCGUCCUGCGCAAGGUGAAGGUGGAGGCGGUGCGGGCCAUCCCGAGGACCCUCUUGGAGGCACGGCGGCCCCCCGUGCCUGGCGAGGACGCCCUGAUCCAGCAGGGCCAGGGGAAAGACCCUGAGGGCCUGUUUGCCGAGGCCAACGAGGGGGCCUGUGCCCUGGACAUGGUCGUGGCUGGCACGGAGACCACGUCCGCCACGCUGCAGUGCGCCGCCCUCCUGGUGGGCAGGCACCCGAGCGGGCAGGGCCGGGUGCAGGAGGAGCUGGACCGAGUGCUGGGGCCCGGGCGGCCCUGGUUGGAGGACCCGCUCUCCCCGCCCUACACCAACACCGAGCUGUGCGAGGUCCAGCGCUUCAUCACCCUCCUGCCCCACGUGCCGCGGUGCACGGCCUCCGACACCCAGCUGGGCGGCCACCUGCUCCCCAAGGGCACGCCCGUGGUGCCCCUCCUGAGCUCCGUGCUGCCGGACGAGACGCAGUGGGAGGACCCCCGCCAGUUCAGCUCGGGCCACUUCCCGGCCGCCGACGGGCGCUUCGUGAAGCGGGCGGCCUUCCUGCCUUUUCCCGCAGGCUGCCGCGUCGGCGUGGGGGAGAGCCUGGCCAGGCCGGAGCCGUUCCUGCCGUUCGCAGGCCUCCUGCAGAGGUACCACCUGCUGCCCCCGCCCGGCCUCAGCGCCGCCACCCUGGACACCACGCCCGCCCUGGCCUUCAGCACGUGGCCGCCGGCCCAGGCCCUGUGUGCGGUGCCCAGGCUGCGGGGGCGCUGA